AUGCUAGAGGGGCUGUGUGGGAAAGUCGAGUGGAUCAAGUCUGUGCGGGGCAGGAACAGCGUGGGCACUCUCUGCGCUCACUGGACUGGGGGGCAGCAAGUCUUCCUAGUCCACCACUCACCAACUGCCAUUCUCUUUCUCUCCUCUCUUUUCUCUCUUCUUUCUCUCUCGCCCUCGACUCUAAAACUUGUCUACGCCAUCUCUGUGCCAUUUCUCGUCCGUCUCCAGUCUCCAUGGACGACGGCUGCUUUGCCACUCAACUUCAUCCUCUCACUCUCAUCUCCGUCUUUCUCGCUCUCCAUCACUAAUAAUUGCAUCGCUAUUGCAGCCCAAGCAAAACAACAACCAACCCCACUGGACUGGCAGGUAGCUGCAGCCCUCAAGCUCCCCACGGCCCUCGCACCGUCUUUGCCCGCCUCGCCCGUCCUCGCCUGUUGCCGUGUUGCAGGUGGACAAAAGCAGAGCAGCCAGCGUAUAGCUGUACCCCGUCGACGCCUCCCCCCCCUCCCCUCCUCCCUCCCCACCAAAACCGCCCACUGCACCACCCCAUCGCGCGCACCCCCAGUCGCCGGCCACGGCAAGCCAGGACACGACACCGACAAGCAGUGUGCAGUGUACACUCUUACCCCGCCUUCUCUUCUCUCCCUGUGUCUUCUUGCCCAUCCAUCAACUUGUACCCUUUCGCCCUCGCGCACCGCCACCCCAAUUCGCCCGCGCAGUCGCCCUCCGAGCCGAGACACAGCGUCCAAGGCCAGGGGACCGGGCGCCCGCACGCCUCAGGGAAUGAGCAGGCCACACGAUAAUGACCCCCAAGCCCUGGGCUACCGGUACUGCCGCCCAACAAAGUCUCGCAGCGCCCUCUUCCCUGUGUGCGAUUUGCCUCUGCAGCUCAUGCGACGUCCAGCUGCUACUCUCCGUCGUCUCAUCCACCACCAGCACAUCCAUACGCACACGCAACAUCACCCGCAAGCACGCUACAUGAGCCCCACCGCUAACACGCUCACCCCGCCAGGCUCUCUACCAGAAGAACCCCACCUCGACGAUGCCUCACUAAAGGCCAAUGCCAAUGCCAACGCAGACUCCCAUGGCAACGCCCCCGCCCACAUUCAAGCCCACCAUGCGUCCGUCCCCGACUAUGCGCUGGUCAAGGUCAAGAGCGCCUCGAGCCUGCUGGCUUACCGCACGGGCGGUCCGUCGCCCAUCGACACGGCGAAGCGGCUGAGCGUGGAUGCGGGACAGUUGGACCGCAUGACACGUUCGCCCAUAGUGGCCGAGCAUGAGCAUGGCAUGGGCGCUUCGGGCCUGCGUCGUAUCCGCCAGCAGCCAGGCCCGCGACUGCCCCCGAUAUCGACAGGCCAACGAGCCGCCUCGCUGAACAUGGCUACCCCACCGGUCUCGAGACAUCCCUCUAGUUCUGCGCCCUCGGCCCCAGCGUCUCCGACGUUUGCCUUGGGCGAAGACCUAACCCGGUUCCCGUCCGAGUCACUACAUUCCUUCUCGUUUGCGACGCAAUCAGAAGAAUUCAUUCACAACCGCCAAAAUGUGCUGAAGCGGUCAAUAGACUUCAUGCGCGAUCGCCUAGGCUGGGCAGCGACAAAUCCAGGCAUUGCCAACGCCCAGGCAAAACUCAGUGGCGACCAGGAAGUGCAGAGCAUGAUGGAGCUGCUGACUAGGGCAAAUCUCAUCGGCCAGGAUGGUACAGGAGCGCAUGGCUUCGGUGCAUUGGGUCCAGUCACCGGUCCAGCCGACAUGUCGGGCGAGAAUCCGUUUGAAAAGGGCUUCACGGCGGAACGGUCUGCCAGCCCAGAGAGCAUGCUCGAGUCGGCUAGACCACCAGUGCACAGGGUCACUUCGACCGAGUACGCAGAGAUGAGUCGUGCAAGCGACAGCCAGGGAUCCAUCAACACACCAGUCUCGACACUAGAAUCCGAGGCGUCAGAUAUACAAGCGCCAGCGGCUCCCCCGCCACCUGGCCCUCAACGGCCUCAGCGUGCUGCCCUGAAGCGCACACUCACAGACGUCGUGCCGCUUACGAUCCAAAGUCAGCUCAACGAGGCCAUGGCGAAGCCCUAUCUCGUCGGAGACAACAACCAUCCCAAUCAGCUAGUGUCGCCAAACUCGAUGCCCACUAUACCGCCCAAUUUCAGCGGUACGUCAGGGCCCCAUUCUGCAGGGGCCGCUCCCCAUGGCCACGGUAUACGACAUGCUCCCGCUGCUCAGGCCAUCUUCACAACCGAAGGUUCAUCGCCAUGGACCAUCACAUCAGCAAACGACUUGGCUUGCCUAGUCUUUGGUGUGACCAGAGCAGAGGUCCGCAAACUGGGCAUUCUGGAAGUCGUCCGUGAAGACCGUAGAAAGUGGCUCGAGGACAAGCUGAGAGAUCCCAAUGUCGGUUCAAAGGCAUCACAGGCCCAGAAUGGUCCAGCACCUGCUACAAACAAUCUCAAGGUGGGCAGCGGCGUCACAGCGAGGUUACUGAGUAAAGCGCCAUCACGCGUGGUAGCGGCUAGAAAGGCCAAGACGGACGACGGGAGUGGCUCGUCAUACUACAACGCGAAGAAGACGGGCAAGCUGAAUCACGAAGCAAGGGGAUCACGAGGGGUUCUGCUAUGCGGCGAUGUGAUUCCCAUUCAAAAGCGAAAUGGUACCACGGGCGCGGCCAGCCUUUGGGUAAAGGAGAAGCGCGGGGGACUCAUCUGGGUCCUGGAAGAGAUUGCUGAAGAUGUAGUGUACAUCAACGUCGAUGAAGUCGGUUGCGUUUCCAAGGGCUGGGGCGCAACAGAGGCGGUAUUUGGCAGCGAUCGAUUACGACGGGGCAUGGACAUUAAGCGCUUGAUACCCGGAAUUCCUCGACUCAAAGGCACCAACACGGGAGCGCUGGACUAUGAAACAAUUGACCAGGUUCGUAGCUACACGGCUCGAACAUCGAAUAGCAUCAAUAUCCCAGUCACGGUCGAGCCGGUUGCCGAUGAACCCACGUUUCGCGUCUCCAGCUUCCCUCAUAUUGCUGGCAUCAUUGUCCUGUCAUCAUCUGAUCUCUCCAUUACAAGCUCGAACUCGGUCUUCUCCUCGGCUUUGUUCGGGCAGCCGCAUCCCGAGGGCAUUCAUAUAAGCAAAUUGAUACCCAGUUUCGACAAGAUACUCCACGUCAUGACGGAUGAAGAUAAGAUUGAGUUGGUUGAUGGCAUAGUAAUUCCUGAACACAGCUUUCGGCGCGCCCGUGCUCUCCUGGCCAUGCGAGAGGGGAGUGCGGAUGCGGCAGCCAUUUUCCUGAGGCCGAGCGGUCUGCCCGCUUUGCAUCGUGAUGGAGCUGAAAUCAUGGUCGAUGUGCAGAUGCGAGUCGUGAAGAGCGAAAAGGCACCUCGGUUCGAUGAGAAUGUGAUUGAAGAAGAGGAUGCCCCGUCCAGACCGGCAAAGAGCCCCGAACUGGUGUAUGCUCUGUGGGUCACGUACUCUAGGCAUCUACAUGCUGCAAACCAUGGGCUUGGUCCUGUGACACCGUUGAUCUCUAGGCCGCCAUCGCCACGCCAACCCGAACCGGGACAGUCAAACUUCUCCGUGCCCCAGGAACCCGAAAGUCAUCAAUCCCGUGGUAGUCCUCCGGUCACGUCUUUGCUGACGCAACAGCUUCAAGAAGCCAUGAGACCAGAUAGCCCGCGAGAACCACAAGCACGGUCCAUGGCGCCACCUCCUGUUCCCGUGCCUGAAGAGCCUGCUAGGAGAAAGACGAUUGAUGACUUUGUGGUUGUUGAAGAAAUGGGACAAGGGGCCUACGGCCAGGUCAAGCUCUGUCGCUACAAACGCAACAGCAGCAAGAAGGUCGUCAUCAAAUACGUUACCAAGCGGCGCAUCCUCGUCGACACAUGGACACGUGAUCGCCGUCUUGGUACGGUGCCACUGGAGAUUCAUGUCCUAGACUACCUCCGGCGCGACGGAUUCAAGCAUGCCAACAUUGUCGAAAUGGCCGAUUUUUUCGAAGACGAUGUAAACUACUACAUUGAGAUGAUUCCACACGGGAUGCCGGGCAUGGACUUGUUCGAUUACAUUGAGUUGCGGGUGAAUAUGGAGGAAAAGGAGUGCAGGAAGAUAUUCGUGCAAGUGGCCGAGGCAGUUCACCACCUGCAUACCAAGGCCAAGGUUGUGCAUCGCGACAUCAAAGACGAGAAUGUAGUCUUGGAUGGCGAGGGGAAUAUCAAGUUGAUUGAUUUUGGGAGUGCGGCGUACAUCAAGAGUGGACCUUUUGAUGUCUUUGUGGGUACAAUUGAUUACGCAGCCCCCGAAGUCCUAGCCGGUCGCCCCUACCGUGGCAAAGAACAAGACGUGUGGGCCCUGGGCAUCCUGCUCUACACCAUCAUCUACAAGGAAAACCCGUUUUACAGCAUCGACGAGAUUAUGGAUCAUGAUUUGCGGGUGCCGUGGGUGAUGAGCGAGGAGAGCAUCGACUUGAUUCGCUUGAUGUUGGAUCGUGAUGUGGAGAAGAGGAUUACGAUUGGGGGCGUAUUGGAACAUCCGUGGUGUAGGGGGGAGAUUGAGGGUUAG